UGCUUCACUUUCUCAUUCUUGGAAUGAAUCUGGAUAUGACUUGUGAUGACCUCAAGAGCAAGACUAUGAAGGACCAACCUGAGCAGAAGGCAAAUGGAGAGAAAGCUAAAGGUCCUCAUUUGCUUUCUUCCCGGUGUUGGUGCCCUGUGGCUGUGACUCUGGCGAUCCUUUGUCUGGGUUUAUUGGUGACCGUUAUAAUGCUGACAACACAAUUAUCCCAGGUGUCUGACCUUCUAAAGAAACAGCAAGCAAACCUGACUCACCAGGAAAAUAUACUGGAGGGACAGCUGUUAGCCCAGAAGCAGGGAGAAAAAGCUUGCCAUGAACAACAGAGGGAACUCAAGGAAACAGUUGAAACACUUGCCCAGAAGCUGGAAGAGAAAUCACAAAAACAAGCAGAACUUUAUCAGCAGAACCUGAAUCUCCAAGAAAUUCUGAAGAAAGCAGCAAAUUUUUCAGGUCCUUGUCCCCAAGACUGGCUCUGGCAUGAAAAAAACUGCUACUUCUUUUCCGCUGACCCAUUUAACUGGGAAAAAAGCCAGGAAAACUGCUUGUCUUUGGGUGCCCAGAUGCUGAAAAUUAAUAGCACAUAUGAUCUGGAAUUCAUCAAGCAAGCAAGUGCCCAUUCCAGUUUCCCAUUCUGGACAGGGUUGUCUCGGAGGAAACCAAGCUACUCAUGGCUCUGGGAGGAUGGUUCUCCUUUGAUGCCCAACGUGUUGAGACUCCAGGGAGCUAUUUCCCAGAGGAAUCCUUCAGACACUUGUGCCUAUCUACAAAGGGGAACUGUUUUUGCUGACAACUGCAUUUUAACUGCAUACAGUAUAUGUCAGAAGGCGGCGACUCUUAUUGAGAGCACAGUGAAUUCAAAGGCUCUGGAAGAAAUGGAGGAGCCGAUCUUUGAACGCUUUUCUGGAAUUUAAGCUAUUUUUCCCCGUCUGGUGCAAACCAUGAGAGCCCUGAGAACAGAUGUCCGGAAACCAUAGAGCUUCUUAGCAGAAUGCGGGGCUCCAGCUGCCUGACACCUUUAUGACAAAAGUUUUGAUUCUAUGUCUACAUUUUUUUUUUUUUACCUAGCUGGUCUAAAGCCUCCCAGCCAAACUUUGGUCCCUCUUCCUUGUUUAUUUUAAAGUUUCACUCCUCUCUAAGCCUUGGGAACCCUUUCUACCUUAGUGCCAUCUUCCCCUCACCCUUCUAAACCUGCACAGAAGAAAGAAAAGGGAGGGGUUGCCCAACUGCAACAGAGGAGGAAAAAAGGGAAGAAUGCAUGGGAAACAGAGCACGUGAACAAGUAGAAAAGAGGAAAGGCCAUACUGCAAUCAAGAAGCUCAUGUUCUCAACAUCAAAAGCUACCACUUGUUGGUCUUUGAGUCGGGGUCUCUCUCCAGGCUCUCCGCAUACACGCGCACACACGCACACACACACACACACCCAUAUCUUCACAUUUUGGUGCAAUUGGAUGUCCUGGGAAAUACUUCAAAAUCUGAUGGUCUUUUCUGUGAACUAGUUUACGAUUAAUUCUUAAAUCAGUCAUUUCUUCACCUUUUCUCUACCAAAGGACAACUUACUGCCUUUAAUUCUUCCAAACAGUAUUUGUUAGAUUCAUGGGGUGGGUGCCCCUGGAGGAAAAAAAAGUUAAUUUUUACCCCUAACUUUUAUAGAUAAACUCUUCUCAAUCCGUUUCACUGUGCUAUAGUGCAGAAACAUACAGGACCAAAAAAUAUUGACACUCUAGUGUGGAACAAACUGAGUCACGUACAGAGAUAUCAUUGAAUAGGAACAAAUGGAAUUGGAAAUAUUCAUUCUACUUUCAGUGCACGUAUUUAAAAUGCACAAUCAACAAGUUUUCGCAUCUGUAAACAUGUUCCCUCGGAAUCAUCACUACAAACAGGACAGUGAGCAUGUUCAUCACCCUUCAUCAUGCUCCUCCUCAAUACUUCUUUCCAAGGCAACUACCAGUCCAAUCUCAGGGCGAAUUUUGUAGUACAUUACAUGAAUGAAAUCAUACAGUAUGCCUUUUUUCUCUAGCUAUUUUUACUUAGCAUAACUAU